AUUAUCGAUGCAUCGAAUGAAAACCAUCGACACAACAAAGAAAUCAUUGCUGUGUUGUUUACCAAAAGGGCACCCGCCAAAAAUAGUCUGCAUUUAUUUUAUAUAACUUGAUUUGUUUCAUUUGAAAAUAGAACUACGGCGACCACAGUUUAAGUAAACAGUGAAACACGGACUGUUUGUACUCGCAUUUAACACAGGAUCGUAUUCGAUAGUUUAAAAACUAGCGUUCGGCGAUAGUCUGUCUGGGCAUUAUUAAAAAUGGAGAAUUCAAAGCUACAAGAUGAGAUAAAGUCAUUGAAGGCCUUGGGUCAAAUUUAUGAAAAUCUGUUGAAGCUGGCCGGCAUUGAACUAUUCGAUUUUUCUAACGAAGAUGCAUCACUUUUAAACAAGACUGCACAAUUGUAUGCAGACUUGCACAUUCACGAGUUAGAUUUAAACUAUUUGCGUGACUUCUACUAUGUACUAAAGAAAGACCGCAUAGAAAACAAGCUGACCAUCACGCAGCAACAAACAGAUCUGCAACGCAUUAAGACUUCAAUCGACGAAGCAGCUAUGGAGGUAGCUGUGUUGGAACGAUUCAAAUUCAAGGCUGAAAAGAAAUUGAUUCCUGAUGGAGCCGUUCAGCAGCAGCGCAACAAUCAACUGGCUACCAAGCGGGCUUUGUUGGACAGACAGAGAGCUCUCAAAAUGCCAAAAGACGUAAAUAUUGAGAGUAUUUUACAAAAAGUUAAUUCGCUGGAUCAUGUCGAGUGAAAUGUCUAAAUUUGUUUUAUAAAAAAUUCUUUAAAUGUAUUUACUCAGUAAUGCAAAAACAAUACAUUAACACAAAAUCAUCAAA